AGCCCAUCUGUCUAGAAGGCAGCGUAAGCAAGACAAGAAUCUUCUCUCCAGGUAGAGUGAGUUCAGAUUUACGAUUCACAUUAAAGAAAGAACUAACCUUUAUUUGCCUAUCCAAAAGAGGAAUUCGCAAAUGGGAUUUUGAGAGGUCGUGUUUGCGUUCAGAGCUCAUUCCCAAUUGAGGAGUGGAAAGUUGAGAUUCAAGCCCCCGAAAAGCUUGCCAUCCUUGUUCAAGGGCUCCGAUAUCAUGGAGUUUCAAGCAGUUUUAAAUCAUUGUGAGGUCGUCAAUGGGAUCAAGUACACAAUACCCCAAACAGAGGAGGAAUACCUGCAAUGCUAUCAUUUCUACUCCAAAUAUUUCUUGCCACGUGAACCGAUGAAUGUGGCUCUCGGUGGUCAAGGUUAUUUUCACAACUCCGAAAUCAAAAAGCGUUUCAUGCGGUUAGUUAGUCAAAAUGCAAGUGUCAUGGCAACAGAUGUGGCAACCGGUCAACUUGUGGGAACCAGAAUCGCCGGAGUUAAAGAGAAGGAGAACAAUGGCUUGACUGAGCCGUCCUUGAAGAUGCUUCAGUCCAAGAAUUCUGAGAAACUGGCCAUCAUCUUGUUUACAUUUGCCAAGUACAUAAAGGAUUGGGAUCACUUCCAUGACUUCCAGAACUUGGAUCGAGUCUAUUAUAUGUACAGCCUGACCACUCAUCCAAAUUGGGGAGGACGGGGACUCGCUCAACAACUCCUGGCGCAAUCUCUCAAGGUUGCCAAGAAAGUGGUUGCGAUGGAGCUCAGGUUGUGGCCACAAAUGAUGCGUCAAUCCACAUUUUUUCGCAAAAUGGGCAUGACUGUGCUAAGUGAAGUGCCUUGGAGUGAAAUCGAAAGUGGAUGGCAAAAGGCCAUUUGUCAAUGUGAAAUCAAAAGCUCUAAUCAAUUUCUUUCUCAAAUUUGAUGACAAAUAUAAUUCAUAAAUCCAAAAACAACA